AUGUCGCUGUCAACAUAUUCAAUUGUUGCGUUGGUGUUCCUGAUCCUCUUUAUCCUGUUUGCCAUAGUCCAACGCCACAACCGACUAAAACACAUACGCAAUGAACAAAUAAAACAGGCUGAGAUACAAGCAGCUCAGAUAGCAGCCGCCCAGGCCGCAGGUGAAGCUAAUCAGUACGAAAUGCAGCAGCAACAGCAACCAUCGUACCCAGGCUUUCCCGACGGCUCAGCACCCCCAAUGUACGCGUCCUAUGCCCCGCCUGCUAGCUCUUCUUACCCAUCCCAACACGACAACAGUGCCGCACAUCCUCCAAAUGGCUUUGAAAAUAACAACCAGUCAUACCCGGCACCUUAUCCCAGCGCAGCGUUUGUACCCACUCCCUCGGGUGCGAUAGUGCCGCCUGUGAUGAACGCGUCAUCUAGCGGUACUGUGCCUUCUGCGCCUCCUCCUACGUAUAAUAAUGCCGUGAAGCCUUCGGCGCCCAACCCCGGAUCAGACGGCGAAUCACCCAGCCAUGUGUAG